GCGGGGCGGGUGAUGUAACAGGAAGCAGUGAUGUUUCCCUUCUGCGGCUGAUCACUAACAAUCUGACAACACUCCCCAUCUACUCAGAGCAAGUCCGUCUCUCUCCCGCGGUGAAGUCCUGCCCUAGACCAUCAGACUCCGUUGCCAGAGCUCACCCUGCCUGCAGGACCACAUUGCAAGGCUUAGACUUUUCUGCACCUCAUCUGGGGUGGGAAACUCUUUCCUGCGGAAUCUCAGAAAAUCCAAUUCCCUUCUGAGACUGUUUCCCACAGAAUUUCCUUAGGAGCUGUGCUGGGGCCCUAUGAUGAUACACCAACAACUUGUGCUACCAACUGUCAAAACUUUGGAUGGUCUAACACUCAGGUCAUGACCCCUGUAAUUAAGAAGUUCUUGAAGACAAUGUCGAAUAUGAUCCAGGAGAAAAUGUGAUUUGAGUCUGGAGACAAUUGUGCAUUUUGAACACAUAACACAUUUCAUUUGGACUCUAAUGAUGGAGAAAAAGUGUAUGCUGUAUUUUCUGUUUCUCUUGCCUUUUAAUAUGACUCUCGUUACAGCGGAGCCAGAAGAAGAAAGCCCGUUUGGCUUUAACCAAACAGAGCUGGGAGUCACUAGAAACAAGAUCAUGACAGCUCAAUACGAAUGUUACCAAAAGAUUAUGCAAGAUCCUAUUCAACAGGCCGAAGGCCUUUACUGCAAUAGAACCUGGGAUGGAUGGCUAUGCUGGAAUGAUGUUGCAGCAGGAACUGAAUCGAUGCAGUAUUGCCCUGAUUACUUUCAGGACUUUGAUCCUUCAGAAAAGGUUACAAAGAUCUGUGACCAAGAUGGAAACUGGUUUAGACAUCCGGAUAGUAACAGAACAUGGACAAAUUACACUCUGUGUAAUAACAGCACACAUGAAAAAGUGAAGACUGCACUGAAUUUAUUCUACCUAACUAUAAUUGGACAUGGAUUAUCUAUUGCAUCCUUGCUCAUAUCUCUCAUCAUAUUUUUUUAUUUCAAGAGCCUAAGUUGCCAGCGGAUCACCUUGCAUAAAAAUCUGUUCUUUUCAUUUGUUUGUAAUUCGAUUGUAACAAUCAUUCACCUCACUGCUGUGGCUAAUAACCAGCCCUUAGUGGCCACAAAUCCUGUGAGCUGCAAAGUGUCUCAGUUCAUUCAUCUCUACCUGAUGGGCUGUAACUACUUUUGGAUGCUCUGUGAAGGCAUUUACCUGCACACACUCAUUGUGGUGGCCGUGUUUGCAGAGAAGCAGCACUUGAUGUGGUAUUACUUUCUUGGCUGGGGGUUUCCGCUGCUUCCUGCCUGCAUCCAUGCCAUUGCCAGAAGCUUGUAUUACAACGACAAUUGCUGGAUCAGCUCCGAUACCCAUCUCCUCUACAUUAUCCAUGGUCCGAUUUGUGCUGCUUUACUGGUAAACCUCUUUUUCCUAUUAAAUAUUGUACGCGUCCUCAUCACCAAGUUGAAAGUUACUCACCAAGCGGAGUCCAAUCUUUACAUGAAAGCCGUGAGAGCUACUCUCAUCUUGGUACCACUACUGGGCAUUGAAUUUGUGCUUUUUCCGUGGCGGCCCGAAGGAAGGGUUGCCGAGGAGGUGUAUGACUAUGUCAUGCACAUCCUGAUGCACUAUCAGGGUCUUUUGGUGUCUACAAUUUUCUGCUUUUUUAAUGGAGAGGUUCAAGCAAUUCUGAGAAGAAAUUGGAACCAAUAUAAAAUCCAAUUUGGAAAUGGCUUUUCCCACUCUGAUGCUCUCCGCAGUGCAUCCUACACAGUGUCAACAAUCAGUGAUGUCCCAGGGUACAGUCAUGACUGUCCCACUGAACACUUAAAUGGAAAAAGCAUCCAGGAUAUUGAAAGUGUUGCCUUAAAACCAGAAAAAAUGUAUGAUCUAGUCAUGUGAAAAUAGAGAGAUCUCACCUGUUUUGUGCCAUUUGAACCUAUGGUUUUAAAGCCAGAAGAUUUAAUAGCAAACGGAUUCUUGAAUGCCACAAAGAAAGUCCUCAAGUGAAAUGAGACUUGUAUUGAUAAAUUUAACAACCCUCUCUCUACGGGGGGAAAAGCCUCAACUGAUGAUGUUGGCCAGUAAAUACUCCCACUGUGACUGAUUUCAAGUUACCAACCUGAUGUCACUGAAUGUGGAAUUGGAAAGAAGAUAAGCACAAUCAACUCUCGGGAGCUGACAUGCCUCAGAACCCACACAACAUAGCAGGCCCUCACCCAUGGGUGACUGUGCACCUUCACACCCACACCGACCAGAGCUCUGCUCUUCCCACUCGAGGAGACCUCACUCAAUCUUUCAGACAUGAAAAGACAAUUUGAUAUUUGUUUGUUGUAAAACCCUUUGUCCUGUUGUCAUUUGGUGGCAGCAAGCAGUUUGCCCAGCAAAGACUUCAACCCUCUUUAGAACGCCUCCAAUGGACUGUCAUCUCACGUUCUUUUCUUUAAGAAAAGCAACUGAGCAGAAUUCCUGUGCGUUUUUCAGUUGCUGCUACAUACGGUUGUAUCCUGUGGCACAUCUGUUCUGACACUUGGUGAGCAAAUUCUACAGUUUGCAAUCAUUUUCUGAAUCACUAGGGAAAUAUAUUGGUGGAAGCUGCAAACACUUUGCCAGCUACUUAAAAAAAAUCUUAUUGCAGGCAUAGGAGGAAAUCAGUUUUCCUGAAUCUGUAAAUAGAAACUCUGGCCUUUCCAUUUCUACUGUGUAGACAAGUGAUCAAUCAUUUUACAUGAAGAGAUUCAAUGAAGGAUUUGUUUUUAUCUUCUAAAUCUGAGAGAGAGAGAGAGAGAGAGAGAGAGAGAGAGAGAGAGAGAGGAGAGAGAGAGAGAGAGAUUGCUGUGAAAAUGAACCUGUAAAUACCCUGUCAUUUUAUUUUAUUGUUUCAGUUCAAAACACAACCUAGGUAACAUUUAAAGCAGAUAGAUAAUGUAGCAUCAUAUGCAACUUAGUAUCUGAUACUGUAUCUGGGCUGAUUCUAUGGUGAAGUGGAACCCUGAAUUCUAUAUUUGGUAAAUAUUUUAAGGACAACCAGAUACCAGCAUCAGAAGUUUGAGAACCAAGAACAAACCCCAGAAAUAGCAGUGAUAAGAUAUGAAAUAUUUAUUUGAAAAUGCAAAGCCAUAAUUCCACAAACACAUUAUCUUUGGUGUGCUGACAUAUUUCUUCUUUGAUGUUGAUGAUGACUCACUGAAAUCAGGAAAUUUUUAACAAUUACAGCAAGAGAAGCUAGUCUGCUACACGUGUGGACUUUAAUUCACUAAAAUAUAACUUUACUGACUAUUACUAAAUGAAGACAUAUGAUUUUGAAAAAGACCCAGGUUAUUUUUUAAAUGAACCAUAGAGGAAUUUUAUCUAUAUAAUAUACUCUGUUUCAGUAUUUCAGUAGACUACUAUGAUGAUAAUCCAAGCCAGGAAAAGCCUUGAACUUAUUGAGGAAGAACUGUCAGGUAUUUAGGUAAGAAUUAAAUUAAGACAGAAGAAAGCCUUGUUCAUGAGGUAAAGUGACAUUGAAAUGGAUUUAGUUUUUCUAACAUUACUUUGUUCUGGGCUUUCUGAAGAACAAGAUUGACUUCAGUUAGUAAAAGUCAGUUUGGCAAAAGCCAUAUAUGUGUGUUUUGAAGUAUGUCAGUCAGGUUACAAUGGAUGAAAGUAAUGAUUUAGUCAUCACUAAUAGUGUCUUAUGCUGCAAUAGUUGUUUAAAAUUGUCAAGGAAAAUAAUUCAAAUUAUCAAGAACUGACAUGUUAGAUGAUCUGAUAUACAGAUUUGUAAUUUACCUGUACAGGAAAUGGUGUUGCUAAGAUAGUGUCAAUUUUGUUGAUUUCACAGCAAGCCAGCAUUAGAAAGGAAUGCAGAUUGUUCUGAACUUUCAGUUGCCAACACUGUAUAAAACUUCCUUUUACUACACUCAAAUUUUAGCUAUUUAUUAUCAGAGGCCUAGAUUCAUAUUUUUGCUGACAGUGUUCAUGUAGUUCUGUAUUCUUCCAAACUGUCAAGUAUUAACGAUAAACAAUAGUACAGAAUGCUGAAUUACUAGAGAACAUGUUUAAAAGGUAUUAUAAUGUUCAGUUUUAUCAUUCUUUUAUCAUACUGAGUGGUGUUGAGAUUUCUUUAUUGCCAGCAUCUACUGUGGUGUACCCCUCAGCUACACCAGUCUGAGAUCAGUCAGUACUAGUUCUGCAAUGCUAUUUUUGAAACUAGACUUCUAUAAAACUGAAGUGCCAAUGGAAACUUUCUGUAUUGCUUGUAGGAGAAAAGAAAAUCUGACAGUUUCAUAAGAAAACUUCUCUGGUGCCUAGAAACUAAUUUGGAGAAUUUCUAGCAUUUUGAAAGUUAGAUCUAUCAUUUUCUACAAUUAUUUGUUAAAGUCUUGGCUGACAUUUUUAGAAGUGACUUUGUAUUUUUUUUAACUGAUAAAUCAUCCAUGCUGGAGUUUUGUGUUUGUUUAAAUAUAACAAACUGUAUAGGGCUUAAUAGUACUCACAGUGUUGCACUACUUACUGCUUAGAUGUUUUCAUGUGAAUGUUGUAAUUUCCUUUGUGUUUUAAUUUGCUCACAGAAACAUUAUUCAAGAUGUUCCAGUCACUUAAAAGAACUUAUGCUAUUUCUACUUAAAAAUCUCUAUUUAGAUUUUAUGAGAAUAUUAAAGUUGCAAGUUAACA